AUGGAUGUUAUAACAAAUGGUGCUUAAAACCUUAAACAAAACUAAGAUGAGAAUGCUUAAAAUAAAAACCUUAAUUAAUCAAAGUAAAACUCAUUAACAAGAUAUGCAGUUAGUUAAUUUGAUGAGUCAAAGUUAUCUAGUUAUUAAAGAGCUUAGCCUAUUAAUACGUCGAACAUCUAUGUUAGAAAGUACGAGCCAGAAUGCAUUCGAUAGUAUAAGCUCAGUAACUUGACUAAGGAUAUUUCAGACAGCUAUAAAGGAAGUCCUACUUAGAAUUACACGAAUGCACUAAGAAGCAGGUAAAAAACUUCGGAGAGAAAUAGUAGAAUGACCUUUAUCCAGCUAAAUCAUCUUCAGAAAGAUACUUAGGAAAUAGAUAAUACUUAGAUGAGUACAAAGAUGAUACAUAACCCUGAUUUUAGAUUUGGAUCUGCUGGUUCUAGUAAAAGCAGAUUUGUCAAAGCAAAUGGUGUAGAAGAUGAGCAAUCAAGUAAUAUAUCAAAAUAAAUAAGAAACUUAUUAGUUAAUAAGCCAAAUCAUGAUAACAAGUCAGUGAUUGUAAAUGAAGCAUAUGUCGGAGGACUUCAUGAAAUAGGAUUGAGAGAGUUUUCUAGAAACAAUAAUAAAUCUAUAGAUGAUAAAAAGAUAUUCUCUGUGGGUACAUCUAAAGUAAACACAGUUAUGUCCAUAGAUUAAUCUAAAUGUAAUACCCUUAGAGCACAGGAAAACAAAAUCCUAGAGGGUGAUAUCAGCAAUCAUAAUUAAAAUGUACUUCCAUAUCAGCAAAUGCAGCCAGGUUUAAGAAAAACAGAUUCAUAUAAAACAGAUAAUUUCAUGGUGGAUAAUAAAAUUUCUUCCUAAUUUUAGACUCCUGUACUAAACAGAAAUAUGUAUAGCUAUGAUCCCAAGCUAAAACAUAAUAAUAGCCUUAAUAAAACAUAACUGAAUUUUGAAUCUCCUUACUUAAUUAAGAAUAGCUCAUAGAUGACUCCAUAAAAGAAAAGCAAAAUUAACAACUAAAGCAUGAUCAAUAUUGAUAAUGAUCGCAGGAAUUAGCCAAGUACAGAAUAAUCCCCAAAAAAGAAAUAUAUGAAGAGCAUGGAAAGUACUCAAACUUAUUAAGAAUCUAAAAAAGAGAAGAGGUAGGGGAUCAAUUAAUCUGUCAUAGAUAUCUCUUAGAAUCAUAACUCAUCAUAGUUAAAAAAGAUACUAGGGAAAAUGAGUAUUGAAAAUCAAGCAAAGUUAGACAAUAUCUCCAAAUUGAUUGGCCACAGUGGAGGAUUCAGUGGCUUUAAGAAUUAAAGAAUUGAAAACUUAAAAUCCAAGGAUCUUAUCAAGAUCAAUAACCAUUUAAUGAGGCAAAUGUCUCCCAACUCAAGAAAUAUCUAGCCUAAGGCAGAUUGA